AUGUCGCGGCGUCGGCCUCCCAAACGAGCCCGCCUAUCACCUUCUGAGACGUCGCACAUCUUCUCCGCCUCUUUGCAACCUUCCGAACGCACGCAGCUACAUCCGUGCUCGUACGAAAUCACGCUCAAUCACGACACCGAGCUGUACCGCUCUCUGCAUCUUGCUCCCGACGCCACGUCAAGCGAGCGCGAGCAAUGGGCGACUCGACUGGUGACUUGGACAGGCACGGAUGGGCGCAGCGUUGUGAGCGACCGCUUUGAUGCCGUCCACCUUCUCACCGAACUUCCCGCCAAAUCUUCGUCAGGAGUGGGACAGGAUGGGGAUGAGGGAUGGUCGGAUUUGGACAGCGAUGCAGAGGACGUAUUCUAUAUGACCGACUCGGAAGCUGCCGCCUUUACCCACGACCGGGCACGCGCAAGGCUCGAGGCACAACACACCGCUCGUGUCGCCGCAAUGCCCUCACCCUCCCCUCCUGCCUCGGAGUAUGAGGAGGAGGAGGAUGCGUUGGCAAAGUCCCAAUUUGAGCUCAUGCGAAAGACGGCUCGGGUGCUGGCCGAGUCGGGCCAUCCGGCACAACUGGAGCUCAAGAUCCUCGCCAACCACGCUGCUGAUGCGCGCUUCGACUUUCUCAGACCCACCCCGCAGCAGAGCGGCAUCGCAAACGUAUGGACGCACCUCAAAGCUCAGCCUGCCCUGCCAUACGAUGCAGCCCGAAAGCUGGCCAAGCCGAUCCAGGCUGCUCUGGUAGCGUACGAUUCCGACUCGGAUUCCAACUCGGAUUCCAACUCGGAUUCAGAACCUCCGCAAGCCGAGCCGCCAUCGGAUCGUCCGAGCGAAUCACGGCCUCAAUCCGAACCUGACGCCGACGUCGAAAAGACACGCAAGCAAGCCGAGCGACUCGCGCGCGCCCGCGAGUGGCUCAAAUCACGAUCCUGA